AUUCGACGAAUAAGCUGUCGCGUACGGUGGCGCCCAGCGCUGGGUGUUGGAGGCGGGAUUUCUCCGGUGACAGAGAGGAGCGGGCAGGCGAUUACCGGAGACCGGAACCGAGCAUCUUAUCUUAGAGAAAGGUACAUCGCUGGCGCCCGACUAUGUUCUCAGGAUGAAGCGCAGACUGGAUGAUCCAGAGGCAGCUGCCUACCCACCCCAGCCUCGCCGAAUCACUGAACCAUUUGCCCACCAGCACCGUGUUCUGGCUCCAGCUCCUCCGGCUUAUGAACCACAAUCUGAUAGCAUGCAGCCCACAACGGGCAUCCAAUACUCAGUGACACCAGGAUAUCAGGUGUCCGCAGUGCCUCCAAGCUCUGGUAGCCAUGGGCAAGCAGCUCUUGCAGCAGUACAUGGAGCACACCACCACAGCACACCUGUGCCAGGCCACGGAGGUCCUGGUGUGCAAAGUCAUGCACAUUCAACCCCUCCGGCUGCACCUGCUCAGGGGCAGCAAUUCCAGAGACUGAAGGUGGAGGAUGCACUUUCUUAUCUCGAUCAGGUGAAACUGCAGUUUGGCAGCCAGCCCCAGGUGUACAAUGAUUUCCUUGACAUAAUGAAGGAGUUCAAAUCCCAAAGCAUUGACACUCCAGGGGUCAUCAGUCGGGUUUCACAGCUCUUCAAAGGUCAUCCUGACCUGAUUAUGGGUUUUAACACCUUUCUGCCACCAGGAUAUAAAAUUGAAGUGCAAACAAAUGACCUGGUAAAUGUCACCACACCUGGACAGGUCCAUCAGAUCACGACUCAUGGGUUGCAGCCCCCUGUUCCACCAGUUCCCCCUCCAUCACAACCGUCCACUCAGACAGCUCCUCCACCAGUUCACCCAACUCCACCACCAGCCCCAGCAAAGAUCAACAAGGUCCAUCAAAUCCCAACCCAUGAGCUGCAAUCCCCUGUCUCUAAGGUUCCUCCACCUUCACAACUGAACACUCAGGCAGCCCCUCCACCAGCCCCAGCAAAGAUCAAUAAGCCAGUGCCAUCUCAGGCACAUACACCAACCAGCCAACAGAGCACACCAAUCCAGUACCCAUCUCCCCGUUCUCCACCAGCACAGCCACAUACACCAGGACCACUGGCACAUGCCACACCCACAGCAGCCGCAGCUACACCUACAAUGCAAAACAACCAGCCUGUUGAAUUCAAUCAUGCCAUCAAUUACGUGAACAAAAUAAAGAAUCGCUUUCAAGGCCAGCCUGACAUUUACAAGGCUUUCUUGGAAAUUUUGCAUACCUACCAGAAGGAGCAGCGUAACGCUAAGGAAGCUGGCGGAAACUAUACCCCAGCCCUCACUGAACAAGAGGUCUAUGCCCAGGUUGCACGGCUUUUCAAGAACCAGGAAGACUUGUUGUCAGAAUUUGGACAGUUCCUGCCUGAUGCCAACAGUUCAGUGCUGUUAAGUAAAACCACGGCAGAAAAGGUGGAGUCGGUGAGGAAUGAUCAUGGAGGUACUGUGAAAAAGCCUCAGAUGAACAACAAACAGCAGAGACCCAACCAAAACGGCUGUCAGAUACGUCGGCACUCUGGAUCUGGAGCCACCCCUCCUGUCAAGAAGAAGCCUAAGAUACUUAUCCCAAAGGAUCAAUCCUUGGCAGAUGCAAACAAGCAUGGCGCAGGGGCAGAAUCACAGUUUUUUGAUAAGGUACGCAAAGCUCUUCGGAGUGCAGAGGCGUAUGAUAAUUUCCUGCGGUGUCUAGUGAUCUUCAAUCAGGAGGUCAUCUCUCGGUCGGAACUGGUGCAGUUGGUUUCUCCUUUUCUUGCGAAAUUUCCUGAGUUGUUCACUUGGUUUAAAAACUUCUUGGGUUACAAGGAGUCUACACACAUGGAAAGCUUCCCAAAAGAGCGGAAUACGGAAGGUAUUGCCAUGGAGAUUGACUAUGCGUCAUGCAAACGCUUGGGCUCUAGCUAUAGAGCGCUGCCAAAAAGCUUCCAACAGCCCAAGUGCACGGGAAGAACGCCGCUCUGCAAAGAGGUCCUGAAUGACACGUGGGUUUCCUUUCCCUCUUGGUCAGAAGACUCCACCUUUGUUAGUUCUAAAAAGACGCAGUAUGAGGAGCACAUCUACCGCUGUGAGGAUGAGCGGUUUGAGCUGGAUGUUGUAUUGGAAACCAAUCUGGCUACUAUCAGAGUACUAGAGGCCAUUCAGAAGAAGCUUUCGAGGUUAUCUGCUGAGGACCAGGCUAAGUUUCGUUUAGACAACACUCUAGGAGGAACAUCCGAAGUCAUACAUCGGAAGGCUCUACAGAGGAUAUACGCUGACAAGGCUGCUGACAUUAUAGAUGGCCUUAAGAAAAACCCAGCUGUUGCCGUCCCAAUUGUAUUGAAGAGGUUGAAAAUGAAGGAAGAGGAAUGGAGGGAAGCACAACGAGGCUUCAAUAAGAUAUGGCGGGAGCAAAAUGAAAAGUACUACCUGAAAUCUCUAGACCACCAGGGUAUAAACUAUAAACAGAUUGACACAAAGAUUCUGCGCUCAAAGAGUCUGCUAAAUGAGAUCGAAAGCAUCUAUGAUGAGCGGCAAGAGCAGGCAUCCGAGGACAAUUCUGGAGUCCCCACAGGACCUCAUCUCACACUGAUGUAUGAGGACAAACAGAUACUGGAAGAUGCAGCUUCUCUUAUCAUCCACCAUGUGAAAAGACAGACUGGUAUUCAGAAGGAAGACAAAUAUAAGAUUAAACAGAUAGUUUAUCAUUUUAUCCCUGACCUUCUGUUUGCCCAGCGAGGAGAGCUGUCUGACGUUGAGGAGGAAGAAGAGGAACAGACAGAUGAAACGGAGGAUGGGGUUAUCAAGAAACACAAUGGGGUGGGGGGAGGCGGGGGCAGUAGUCCACCAAAAGCCAAGCUGCUGUUUGGAAACUCCGCAGCGCAGAAGUUUAGGGGCAUGGAAGACGCUUACAACUUGUUUUAUGUUAACAAUAACUGGUACAUCUUCCUGCGUCUGCACCAGAUACUCUGUUCCCGCCUCCUGCGCAUUUAUAACCAAGCAGAGAAACAGGUGGAAGAGGAGAUGAGGGAACGGGAAUGGGAAAGAGAGGUACUCGGGCUGAAGAGGGACAAGAAUGACAGCCCUGCCAUUCAGUUGCGACUGAAAGAGCCAAUGGACAUAGAGGCUGUGGAUUAUUACCCAGCAUUCCUAGACAUGGUUCGGAACCUGCUGGACGGGAAUAUGGACGCGAACCAAUAUGAAGACUCCCUGCGGGAGAUGUUUACCAUCCAUGCCUUCAUUGCCUUUACUAUGGAUAAGCUGAUCCAGAGCAUAGUCAGGCAGCUCCAGCACAUAGUCAGUGAUGAAAUCUGUGUCCAAGUGACUGAUCUCUACCUCUCGGAGAGCAGCUGCAAUGCCACAGGAGGUCUCCUAGCUACCCAAGCAUCACGCAGCCUGAUUGAAGCCAACUACCAGCGAAAGUCUGAACAGCUGAUGUCAGAUGAGAACUGUUUCAAGUUGGUGUUCACCCAGAGCUGCGGCCAGGUCCAAUUAACAAUUGAAUUGCUGGACACUGAGGAAGAAAACUCAGAUGACCCAGCGGAGACCGAGCGUUGGUCGGACUAUGUGGAAAGAUACAUGAACUGUGACUCUACUUCCCCCGAGCUGAGAGAGCAUCUUGCACAGAAACCUGUUUUCUUACCCAGGAACUUGCGCAGAAUCCGGAAAUGCCAAAGGGGACGCGAACAGCAGGAGAAGGAAGGCAAUGGCAAGCGGAACCUGGAGAAUCUAGAGAGUCUGGACAAGCUGCAGUGCAAAUUCAAGCUCAACUCUUACAAGAUGGUGUAUGUUAUCAAAUCUGAAGACUACAUGUACCGUCGCACUGCCCUGCUGAGGGCACAACAGUCCCAUGAGCAAGUCAGCAAACGACUGCACCAACGCUUCCAAACAUGGCUGAACAAGUGGAAUAUGGAGCACGUGAGCCGGGAGAUGGCAGCCGAUAACAGGAAGUGGCUGAUGGGUGAGGGAGUGGAAGGUAUGGUGCCUUGUGCCACCACCCGGGACUUAGAGACCCUACACUUUGUGGACAUCAACAAGUACCGAGUAAAAUAUGGACCACCUUUUAAAACACCAUAAAUACGGGAAAGAAGCCCUCCAUCUCUGAACUGACUGAAGGUAGUCCAGGCUUUUCCAAAGGACAUGAUCUUUUACCUAAAAGAGAAGGAUGAUUGGCAGAGGCAUGGCUGGGCCUAACUCUCAUUAAUCUCUUCUGGUGCCAGAGGAGGCGCUCCGAUCCUUUCUGACAGAAUAAGGGGUUUAGUGUUACUGAAAAUCUCCUGCCAACUGCCCCACCAGUUAGUCUUAGCAGACCUCCUCUUACCCCUGGUGUGUAAAUACAAGCGUGUAAAUAACGUCAACAAAGCUCGUCCUAUCCAUCUCCUGUACCCAUUUCUUAUUUUAUAGCAAGCACUGUCUUAGUUUAAUGUUCUGUUACCUAUCUUUGUAACAUAGUGAUGGGGGGAGGGGACAUCUGGAAACCACAACCUC